AUGCAGCUCACCAGCCUCCUCGCUCUCCUUCCCCUGGCCGCGGCCGCCCCCUCGGAGCCCAUCUCUGCCCGUGGCCUGACUGUCCCCACCGACGCCGUGCCCUCUGAGGUCCGCGUCCUCGGCAUCUCGCUCCUGGGCUCCGGUUGCCCGGCCAACACCGCCGAUGUCCAGAUCGACGCCACCAAGACUCUCUUGGAGGUCACCUUCUCCGAGUACAUCAUCCAGACCGGCCCGGACACCAAGGCGGCCGAUUGGCGCAAGAACUGCAAGCUGACGCUCAACCUUGAGUUUGAUGAGGGCUUCUCCUUCUCCACCCUCGCGACCGACAUGAGCGGUUUCGCCCAGAUCCCAGCCGGCUCCAAGGGUCUCUGCACCAACACCUUUGACUUCACCGGCAUCCAGGGCCAGUCGUACUACUCCAUUGCACUUCCUGGCGAGCGUGAGGGCCCCUUCACCCUCAGUGCGGACCCGGAUGUUGUCUCGUGGUCGCCCUGCGGUGGCACCUCGGCCAUCAUGAACAUGAACACCCAGUGCAACAUCUCGCCGACCAAGGAAGCUGCUCUUAUUGCUGUUGAUCGUAUCAGUGGCAAAAUCACCGUCAACGUGGCUCUCGCUUGGCGCCAAUGCUAG